AUGCUCCCGAACUUGGUUGGCCGAGACGUGUGUGUAUUAGGAACUGUCUUGCGUGUCGCGCCUUCAGGUCAACGAAUUCACAUACGCUGUGUAGAUGGAAAGGAAAUCGAUUGCAAUCUUAUUUCUCCGCUUCAGACUUCACCAGAGAACCGAAUUAUUGAAGUUCAAGGCCGCGUAAGUAAUGUACAAGGCAAUGAAAUCAAUGCUACAGCAGAACCAGUCGUUUUUUCACAAGAAGCCAGUGCAAAGUUUGAUUGUGAAUUAUAUUCACAAGCUGUUCAAAUGACUGCUCAAUUCGAUCAGUUCUACGUUCAACCAAUGGAAACGUAA